GGCCUCCUCCGAUCUUUCCUUCAACUCGUCCCCCGCUCUCCACACUGCAGACUCGCAACAACACCGGAGCUCCAAAAGUUUCACGCCGGAGCAAGUCUCUCCGCUUCCGUCUUCAUCGUUGCGCCGCCCGCCGCCGCCGCAGAUAACUCAUCCAAAACAAGAAAUCGAAGUGGGAAUGCUGAAAGAUGUGCUUGCAUAGAGGAAAUUUCUCUUGCGAGACCAAAAAGAUCACCCCUCUGCGAGGGCCCACUUUGUCAACCCUUGAUGUGAGCAACCACAUCACCUGCAUCAACUCCACACCAUUUAGACUCCGCUAUGACGAAUCCAACAGAGUACUGGAUCAUGACUUCGGGGAGGCUGGCUGAAGUGCUGCAAUACAUCUGACGGGUAGCCACAAGAAGAACAGUAUAGGCUGUGAUUUAUACUGUUGAAAACAUGGAGAGCAGCGGGAAGAUUGUGAUGGGGAGGUAUGAAUUGGGGAGACUGUUAGGGAAAGGAGCAUUUGGCAAGGUGCACUACGCCAAGAACCUUCAGUCGAACCAAGGUGUCGCCAUAAAGAUGAUGGACAAGGAGAAGGUGCUAAAGGUAGGGCUCUCAGAGCAGGUCAGGCGUGAGAUCACAACCAUGCGGUUGGUGGAGCAUAAGAGCAUUGUUCAGCUCCAUGAGGUCAUGGCAACACGAAGCAAGAUCUACUUCGUCAUGGAGUACAUGAAAGGCGGUGAGCUCUUUGAAAAGGUCGCUAAGGGUGGCAAGCUCACAGAAGGUGCUGCACAUAAGUACUUCCAGCAGCUCAUCAGUGCAGUGGAUUACUGCCACAGCCGAGGCGUGUAUCACCGGGACUUGAAGCCUGAGAACCUGCUGCUGGAUGAGAAUGAGAACCUGAAGGUUUCAGAUUUUGGACUGAGCGCACUUUCGGAGUCCAAGAGGCAAGACGGCUUGCUCCACACUGCGUGUGGAUCGCCUGCAUAUGUAGCUCCAGAAGUGAUAUGCAAGGGCGGCUAUGAUGGUGCAAAAUCAGAUAUCUGGUCUUGUGGUGUUAUUCUGUUUGUUCUCGUCGCUGGUUACCUCCCUUUCCAAGGUCUGAACUUGAUGGAGAUGUACCGCAAGAUUGAGAAAGGCGAAUUCAGGUGCCCUGGCUGGGUUUCGCAAAAACUUCAGAAGCUGCUGUACAAGAUCAUGGACCCUGAUCCAAGCAAGAGGAUAUCGAUUCAGAAGAUAAAAGAGUCCACCUGGUUCCGGAAAGGUCCUGGGGAUACCCUUAGAGUGAAGGAGCCAAGUGAGAACAUCACCACAAAUGCUGCUCCAGCACUUGGUGUGCGGCGCAAAAAGAACAAUCAGGAAGACCCGAAGCAGCUGGUGGUGACAAAUUUAAAUGCCUUUGAAAUCAUCUCUUUGUCCACAGGGUUUGAUCUUUCUGGCCUAUUCGUUGAAAAGGAGAACAGAAAGGAAGCAAGGUUCACUUCAGAAAAGCCUGCCUCAGCCAUUGUCUCAAAGCUAGAAGAUGUCGCAAAGGCGCUGAAUCUCAGGGUGAGGAAGAAGGAUAAUGGUGUUGUCAAGAUGCAAGGGAGGAAGGAAGGAAGGAAUGGCGUUCUUCAGUUUGACUCAGAGAUCUUUGAGAUCACCCCUUCCUACCAUGUCAUUAAGAUGAAACAAACAAGCGGUGAUUCACUGGAGUAUCAGAAGCUAUUGGAUGAGGGCAUCCGGCCAGCACUGAAGGAAAUAGUCUGGGCCUGGCAUGGAGAUGGUGAUCAGCAGGUACAUCAAGCGUAGCUUCGGGUGUAUCACUUAUUAUUUAUGUGCAGUUCCAAUUUGUACAUUUUCAUUUCGAGGAAUUUAUGUUUCUACGUUACAUGAGUCUGUUCUUUGUAGCAAAUAAAUUGUUCUUUUGCCCGUAUUGGAUGAGUAAUACCUGUUGAGAAAUUGAGGCCAUGGAUGCCAUUCUGAAAGUUAUUUAUUUGAUGUAUUACUCAGACAAUGAAAUACGUGUUCCAUGUUCUGAACUA